AUGAGUCAGUCACGUUCCGGGAGUAGAUCGGGUAGCGGAGUCCGAGCUCGCGGACGAGGAUCCGGUGUUUCUAGCCCUUCUACCCCUACUUCUCAGCAGCCCCCAAUACCCACACCUCGUUUGGAUCAACCUUUCACGGGUCAAUCCACACAGCAACCUUCACAUGAAGGUUGUUCGCGUGAUUCAUCAGUAUCACUCAGGGAAAUCCUCGCAUCCGAGGAUCGUCGUACGACGAGACCGCACCUUAGCCCAGAGCGAACCAACGGUACUUUAUGGUUCGGUUGUGAUACCGAGAUACGGAAGACAAUUGUGAGCAUCUUCCAGACUGAUUUUCAGGGUCCUUGGUUCAGUAUCACUCGUGUCCCUCCAGCGACUCUGGAACGUUGGUUUUGUGCAUUUGCGUCGAAAGAAGCCAUUGUGGAUAAGCGAGGGUGUUUGGAACCUUCUCCUGGCUCACUGGGAGUCAGAGGAUGCAGCAGAGAAGAGUCGGGUCGCCUCAGCCAACCGACGAUCUCGAUCUGUGGGGGAUGUCGAAAGAAGCCAUUGUGGAUAAGCGAGGGUGUUUGGAACCUUCUCCUGGCUCACUGGGAGUCAGAGGAUGCAGCAGAGAAGAGUCGGGUCGCCUCAGCCAACCGACGAUCUCGAUCUGUGGGGGAUCGCGCACCAGCAACUCAUACCGCGGGUAGAAGAUCUUUCGCCAGAGUCGCAAUGGAUAUAGCUCAAAAAGAAGGUGUAGAACCGUCGGUUCUACGAGUUCUUCAGGACACACACCGUCGAUCGGACGGUACAUAUGUGAAUGAGCGGGUCCAGGAGAUCGAGGAGUUGGUGCAGUCCAAGAUCGACGAUAAAGUCUCCCAGAUGGACGAGAGUUCUGCUUCUACACAACUCUCGACAACCGAAGUUAACAGCCUAUAUCUAGAGGUUGUCCAUCCGGAUGCCAAGGGCCGUAUCUAUGGUAUCGGCACCUUGGCAUCUCAACUGGGCGGGGGAGAAACUUCUGCUCCGGCGAUUACUCACCAUGUCGCGCUAACGCGUCAAGUGGAAGAGUUGAAACGCUCCCAAGAGCGGACGAAUGCAGAACUGGCAGAGGCCCGGGCGAAGAUCGAAGAGUUCGAGCAACAUCGGGAGAAGCUACAGAAGCUCUCCGAGACCGAAGCGAGGAUCGUACGCUUCGAGGAGAUGAUGCAGCGCCUAACACCGUUCAUGCCACCUAUAUUCGACCAAUAUGGCUUUCCGACGACAUCUCGGCAGCCAGAUGCUCCUGAGGACGAUCCGGAGGACGCACCCACCAAUCUCGACAACGAUGCACCGGUAGAUCCGUAG